AUGGCAGAACCCAUUGGCCUAGCCUCCGGACUGCUCGCCUUAGCGACGUUUGCAUUCCAGUCUAGUCUAACCCUUCACGAGACAGUGAAUAGUUUCCGGUCUCACACCAAACGCGUCCGCGACCUGGUAGAGGAGCUGGAGGCUUUGAGCGGGGUUCUCGCCCCACUCCGGGAGUUAUUAGAUACUCCCAGCGAUGCAGAUCUAUCCGCACUCGACUUGCCACUCCUCCGCUGCGGCAAUGCGUGCAACGAGUUCGAGCAAGAAUUAAUCAAGUGCUCGUCCCGGUCCGCGAAUAGAACCAGCUUCCGAGACUGGGCCAGGUUGAGAUACCUGGGUGACGAUAUCGAUGGCUUCAGACGCAUGCUUGCCGGGUACAAGUUGACUAUCAAUAUUGCCCUGACCGAUGCGAACCUCCGCAAGAGCUCGGUCAACGCCGAGGCCAUUGAAAGCUACAAGGUGCUCAUAGAGACGGCCAAAGUCGAUCUUGAGUCUCAUCUGGAAAGCAUCGACGGAAAGCUUGAGGUGAUAUUUGGGCAAACCGUGACCGCAUUUGAUUCAGAUGCGUUGGAGCUGCGGCGAAUCAAGGAGGAGCGGUUGAGCACAGAGAAAUGUCUUCAAAUAUGUGCCCAGUUAUCUGCGCACAUCGAUCAGAUUCAGCUCUCAACCAAGCGCAGUGAUAGUUCGCCGGGACCAGAUGAUUCUGACGAUUUUCCCGAACGGGUCACCAACGAGGGCUUGGAGGACUGUAAGAAUAAACUUGCCGUCACGAUUGCCAGGUUGGAAAAGCAUAUGCAAGACCUGAUCGACCGCUUACUGGUGAAAUCGAAAGCAGCGAUGACGUCGGAAGCCGAAGUGACCGAACUGAAAAGGCUGCGGGAUGAGUGGGAAACCGCCCGCCAGUGCAUGGACAUCUGCUCCAAGGCAGACGACCACCUAAAGGAGAAUAUCAGCAGCAUUCACAACUACGGUGCCGGAGAUGCGUUACAAUUCAUGGUGUCGACGACCGGAAAGACCAUUCAUGGCACCAACCGAGGAGUGGGGUGGAGAACAAGGCAGGUUGGAGGUCACCUCAGUGAUGCAUCAGUGCAACAGCUGUCGCGAGAUCUGACCAAUAUCAACUUUCGCGUGAUCGAAGCCGACGGCCAGUCUACGCGAGAUUAUACCAGCACUCUUCAUGAUCGUAGUGUCGAUACUGGAUCUAGGGCGGAAUUCAAGGAACGCUAUGGGCGAGGUUUUACGCUCACCCCCAAACCCGAGACCUUCCAGAUGUCGCCAACAGGCUCUCAGUAG